AUGAAGAUCUCAUCAGGCUUGCUGUUCCUGGGCUACCUAAUAGUGUUCACCUAUGGCCAUCCCAUUCUAAAAGCACCAGAGAGUGUGACAGGGACCUGGAAAGGAGAUGUGAAGAUUCCGUGCACCUAUGAUCCCCUGAGAGGCUACAGGCAAGUUUUGGUGAAAUGGCUGGUACAACGUGGCUCUGACCCUGUCACCAUCUUCCUACAUGACUCCACUGGAGAUCAUAUCCAGCAGGCAAAAUACAGAGGCCGCCUGAAAGUAAGCCAAAAAGUUCUAGGAGAUGUGUCCCUCCAACUGAAUACCCUACAGAUGGAUGACAGGAAUCGUUACACAUGUGAGGUCACCUGGCAGACUCCUGAUGGAUACCAAGUAACGAGAGAUGAGAUCAUUGAGCUCCGUGUUCAGAAAUACCCCGAUAAUCCACCUAUAAUCAAUACUGAAGCACUUACAACCAUGCAAUUCUCUUUGGAAGCAACAACUACAAUGAGUUCAACCUCCUACUUGAUCAUUAACAUAACUGGAGAACAUGAGGAGACCAUUUCUAGCCCAGGAAGGAACCUGACAAUCUUUGCCAUAAUCUUCAUCAUCUCCUUUUGCUGCAUAGUAGUUGUCAUCAUAGCUUAUAUCAUGUUCUGCCGCAGGACAUUCCAACAAGAGUAUGUCUAUGAAGUGAACAGGGUAUGUGCCAGGAAGACAAGCAGCUCUGAAGAAACCACACGGGUGACUGAUGUUGCAAGUGAGUACUUCAGAAAUGAAUCAGAUUCCCAGGCUCUGAUCAACGACUACUCUGAUAAUCCUUGCCUCAGCCAGGAGUACCAAAUAACCACCAAAUCAACAAUGACUAUUCCUGCCUGCUGA